AUGGCACACUCGGGCGAAACACGAUUUGGACCGAACAGGGACGUACCUCUCUGGCUGGAUGGAAAAGAGGUCACCAUCAGUACGACGUUCGACGUCGUAUCCCCAAACACAGGCGAGGUCCUGUACAAAUCCGCGUCAGCGUCCACAACAGACGCGCAAGCAGCCGUCGACUCGGCCCAGAGGGCGUUCGAGACAUGGUCGCAGACCAAGCCAUCGACACGGCGAGACAUCCUGCUGCGGGCCGCCGACGGCCUCCUGGAUCGCAAAGAGGAGCUGUUUCAGAUCAGCCACCGGGAGACCGGCAUCGCACGGUCCAUGUUUGAGUUCGAGUUCAACGCGGCAGUCGACAGCUGCAAAACAGUCGCGGGCUUGAUCCCUGCGAUGCGCGGCUUCGUUCCCACGCUGGCGGAGGAGGGCAAGAGCGGCAUGGUCCUGCGCGAGCCGUACGGCGUCGUCCUCUCGAUCGCGCCCUGGAACGCGCCCUACGGCCUGGGCUUCCGGGCCUGUCUGGGCCCGCUGGCCAUGGGCAACACCGUCAUCCUCAAGGGUGCCGAGGCGUGUCCCGCGACGUACUGGGCCAUUUCGUCGGUCCUACACGAGGCCGGGCUCCCUCAGGGCUGUCUGAACACGCUCAUCCACCGCCUCGAAGACGCGGCGCAAGUCACGUCGCACCUGAUUUCGGCCUGGCCGAUCCGCAAGAUCAACUUCACCGGCAGCACGAGGACCGGGGCCAUCAUCGCCAGUCAGGCGGCAAAGCUGUCCAAGCCGAUCGUCCUGGAACUCGGCGGCAAGGCUCCCACCAUUGUGUGUGACGACGCCGAUCUCGAAGACGCAGCGGCGCAGAGCGCCGUCGGGGCUUUCCUUCACGGCGGCCAGAUCUGCAUGUCCACCGAGCGUAUCAUUGUCCAUGCCGCCGUCGCGGGCCGGUUCAAGGCCCUGCUCAAAGCCACACUGUCCGAGAAUUUCAGCCAACAGGAAGGCCUCGUCCUGAUUAAUGAGCAGUCGGUCCUGAAAAACAGGCAGCUGGUCCGAGACGCCGUCUCCAAGGGCGCCGAGGUCGUCCACGGAGAGCCCGACCACCAAGGCAAGCUCAAGACCGCCCUGCAUCCCGUGGUGAUUGAGAAGGUGAAUGAGAAAAUGGACAUCUACCACACCGAGUCGUUCGGGCCAACCGUCUCGCUUUUCACGGUUGAGUCGGACGACGAGGCUAUCAGGCUCGCCAACGACACCGAGUACGGUCUUACUUCGGCCGUCUUCACCCAGAACUUGCAAAGAGGUCUUCGUAUAGCAAAGAGGAUCCAGUCCGGGGCGGUCCAUAUCAACAGCAUGAGUGUUCACGACGAGUCGGCCUUGCCGCACGGAGGACGUAAGAGUAGUGGCUUUGGCAGGUUUAACAGCAUCGAAGGCUUGGAGGAAUGGGUACAGACCAAAACCAUUACAUGGAGAGACUGA